AUGUCUAAGGUUUCUUUAGAUUGUGUAUUUGGGUGUGUAUUUGAAAUCUGUCCAAGAAAGAUGUUGGCUUUCUGGUUUGUGAUAUUGCCAUUAAUAUCCCAAACGACAACAGCUACAGAUGUAAUUUCUGGUUGUCCCGACACAUGUGGCACUGUUCAUGUUCCAUACCCAUUUGGAAUCAACUUCACUUCUGGAAUCUCUAAUCCCAACUGCGCACUGAACAGCUUUUUCAUGUUUACUUGCAAUGUAACCUACGAUCCUCCACGUCUAUUUUUUGGCCGAAACAUGCCUAUUCACAACAUAUCAGUAGAAGAAGGAACGAUCUCCGUUCGAAUUGACUCGGCAUUUAAAUGCUACAACAAGGCAGGGUUGACCCUUAAGUUUGAUCAAAAUAUUAGACUGGGAAAAAGGCCCGUUUCGGUUCUCGGAUACUCGAAACAAGCUCACAGCUAUCGCUGGGUGCGAUACUUUAGCCCUUCAUUGAGAGAUUUGCUGCAGAGGACUUUUUCUGAUAAAGGACUUUCGAUGGUUUUCAAAGCUGGGCAACUCUCUUGCUCUUCCACGUUCGCCAGUCAACAAAAACAGUUUGUUUCUUCGUUGUUGUUUCUUGAAUGGGUAGUAAGAGAGGAGAUUGUAAAGGCUGACAAAUCGAGCUCAAUUCAAAUAAAUUCAAAUAAAUAUGCUUGUGGCAGUAAUAGUAAUUGUACAUACUCUGAAAAUGGCAAGGGAUAUCGGUGCAUAUGCAAAGACGGAUUUACAGGAAAUCCUUAUCUUCCACAAGGUUGCCAAGACAUUGAUGAGUGCAAAGAACCAGACAAGUACAAAUGCGAUGGAAGUUGCAAGAAUACAAUUGGGAGCUACAAAUGCAGUUGCCCAUUUGGAAUGCGCGGUGAUGGUAAAGUUGGUUGUCAAGGAUUUCGCAUUACAACUAUUGCUGCAGUUGUUGGAGGGGUUGCAUCCAUUAUGGUUAUCGCUUUCCUGAUCAUCAUUCUAUACAAGAGGCGAAGAAACGAGAGGAAUUUUUUGAAAAAUGGCGGCUUGUUGUUGAAGCACCAAAGGGUAAGAAUCUUAAGAAUCUUCACAGAAGCAGAAUUAGUGAAGGCUACCAAAACUAAAAAUUAUGAUCAAAGUUUACUUCUUGGCGAAGGAGGUUUCGGAUAUGUUUAUAAAGGAGUUUUAGCAGAUAACACCCAAGUUGCAGUAAAGAAGCCUAAAGAUAAAGACAAAACUCAAAUAAAUCAAGAAUUUCAACAAGAACUUGGCAUUGUUUCACAAGUUAACCAUAGAAAUGUUGUCAAGGUAUUAGGCCUUUGUUUGGAGACUAACGUUCCUUUAUUAGUUUACGAAUUCAUUUCCCAUGGAACCCUUUCCCAGCAUAUCCAUUACAACAGGUCUAAAAUAUUAGCCACAUGGAAAAAUCGUCUAAGAGUAGCAGCAGAGACUGCGCUUGCACUUGAUUAUUUGCAUUCUUUAGCAGAUCCCCCAAUUAUCCAUGGCGAUGUUCAAGCAUCCAAUAUACUCUUAGACGGAUACUUACACUGCAAAAGUAUCUGACUU